GUAAGCAUUUAAUUCACACAAGAAAACUCCUCACUCAUUAAAGGAAAAAAAGUAGUGAACACUUUUUCCGUGCAAAGUUAAAAAUUGUACAGAGAAAAAUGCUCUCCUCCAAGCUCUCCUGGUUGAUCACGGCGGCGAUCACGGCGGCGCUACUGUCGCCAACCACCACAGAGGCACAAACGCCGUCGUGUGCUUCUCAACUUGUCCCCUGUGCAGCUUUCCUCAACUCAACCAAACCACCGGCUUCUUGCUGUGACCCACUAAGAGAAGCCGUGACCAAAGAUCUUCAAUGUCUCUGCAAACUUUACGAAAAUCCCGCUUUGUUGAUUUCUCUCGGUAUUAACGUUACUCAAGCUAUUGAACUUCCUAAGUACUGUAACAUCCCUGGCGAUGUUACCGCUUGUAAAGCGGCUGCUCCUAGUUCAAGUUCUCCUUCUGGGAAAACGCCACCAGUCACCACCCCAGCUUCAAAAGAUAAAAACGGAGUGAGCACGGUUGCAUGGACUGGGAUGUCAAGCUUACUCGUGCUCUUUGCUUCGUUUGUGCUUGCUUAGUUCACUGAGUGUGUCCUUCACUGGGGAAAUGUUGGUGAAUUUCUUUUUUUCAGUAUUUAUUUAGGGAAUUGAAAGAUUGUACUCCAGACUUGAUCGCUUUUAUUAUGUGAAGUUUCCCAUUGAGAUGAACUAAAUGAAGCUAAAUUGAUGUAUGAAUCGAAUUGCAUACGUUGUGUUUGCAUGUUCUUGGUGUAUUCAUGGGGUAUUGUUUCCCCUUCCCUAA